CGCAGGACAAGGGCGCGCACACGCGACUUCGAGCGCGGGCGGCCACUCUCGGCUGCAAGUUGGUGCCGGGCCCCCAGCGCGCGCCGGCUGCGGAGCGCCGGGCAGGGUGAGAGGCCGCAGGAGCGCGAUGGGCGCCCCCGAGAAGCUCCGCGCGCCGUCGGUGGCACUGGGACUGCUGCUGGGUGCGGUGCUGGGACGCCUGGGCCCGGCCGAGGGCAGCGGUCGCGGCAGCCCGGGGGCACUGGGGCAGUCUUCCGAGGUCGCCGCCGAGCGCCUGUGUCCCGCUCCUUGCCGGUGCCUCGGGGACCUCUUGGACUGCAGCCGCCAGCGGCUGGCGCGCCUUCCCGAGUCUCUCCCGCCCUGGAUCGCUCGCCUGGAUUUGAGUCACAACAGAUUGUCUUUCAUCAAGGCAAAUUCCAUGAGCCACCUUCAAAACCUUCGAGAAGUGAAACUGAACAACAAUGAAUUGGAGACCAUUCCGAAUCUAGGACCAGUCUCAGCCAAUAUUACACUUCUGUCCUUAGCUGGAAACAGAAUUGUUGAAAUAUUACCUGAGCAUCUGAAACAGUUUCAAUCCCUUGAAACUUUGGACCUGAGCAACAAUAAUAUUUCAGAGCUUAAAACUCCCCUUCCAUCCCUACAACUCAAAUAUCUGUAUCUCAGUAACAACCGAGUCACUUCAAUGGAACCUGGGUAUUUUGACAGUCUGGCCAACACACUUCUGGUGUUGAAGCUAAACAGGAACCGACUCUCAGCUCUCCCACCCAAGAUGUUUAAACUGCCCCAGCUACAACACCUUGAACUAAACCGCAACAAGAUUAAAAACAUAGAUGGGCUUACAUUCCAAGGACUUGGUGCUCUAAAGUCUCUGAAAAUGCAAAGAAAUGGAGUAACAAAACUUAUGGACGGAGCUUUUUGGGGUCUGAGCAACAUGGAAAUCUUGCAGCUGGACCAUAACAACCUAACAGAGAUCACCAAAGGCUGGCUUUACGGCUUGCUGAUGCUGCAGGAACUUCAUCUCCGCCAAAAUGCCAUCAGCAGGAUCAGCCCCGAUGCCUGGGAGUUCUGCCAGAAACUCAGCGAGCUGGACCUAACUUUCAAUCACUUAUCGAGGUUGGAUGAUUCAAGCUUCCUGGGCUUAAGCUUACUAAAUACACUGCACAUUGGGAAUAACAAAGUCAGCUAUAUUGCUGAUUGUGCCUUCCGGGGGCUUUCCAGUCUAAAGACUUUGGAUCUGAAGAACAAUGAAAUUUCCUGGACUAUUGAAGAUAUGAACGGUGCUUUCUCUGGGCUUGACAAACUGAGGCGGCUAAUACUCCAGGGAAACCGGAUUCGAUCUAUUACCAAAAAAGCCUUUACCGGUUUGGACGCAUUAGAACAUCUAGAUCUGAGUGACAACGCAAUCAUGUCAUUACAAGGCAAUGCAUUUUCACAAAUGAAGAAACUUCAGCAAUUGCAUUUAAAUACAUCAAGCCUUUUGUGCGAUUGCCAACUAAAAUGGCUCCCACAGUGGGUGGCGGAAAACAACUUUCAGAGCUUUGUAAAUGCCAGUUGCGCCCAUCCUCAGCUGCUAAAAGGAAGAAGUAUUUUUGCUGUUAGCCCAGAUGGCUUUGUGUGCGAUGACUUUCCUAAACCCCAGAUCACUGUUCAGCCAGAAACACAGUCGGCAAUAAAAGGUUCCAAUUUGAGUUUUGUCUGCUCGGCCGCCAGCAGCAGUGAUUCCCCAAUGACAUUUGCUUGGAAAAAAGACAAUGAACUACUGCAUGAUGCGGAAAUGGAAAACUAUGCACACCUGCGGGCCCAAGGUGGCGAGGUGAUGGAGUACACCACCAUCCUCCGGCUCCGCAAUGUGGAGUUUACCAGUGAAGGGAAGUACCAGUGCGUCAUCUCCAAUCACUUCGGUUCAUCCUACUCGGUCAAAGCCAAGCUUACAGUCAACAUGCUUCCGUCCUUCACCAAGACCCCCAUGGACCUCACCAUCCGCGCCGGGGCCAUGGCGCGCUUGGAGUGCGCUGCCCUGGGACAUCCAGCCCCACAGAUAGCCUGGCAAAAGGAUGGGGGCACAGACUUCCCCGCCGCAAGGGAGAGACGCAUGCAUGUUAUGCCCGAGGAUGAUGUGUUCUUUAUUGUGGAUGUGAAGAUAGAGGACAUCGGGGUUUAUAGCUGCACAGCUCAGAACAGUGCAGGAAGCAUUUCUGCAAACGCAACUCUGACUGUCCUAGAAACACCAUCAUUUUUGCGGCCCUUGUUGGACCGAACCGUCACCAAGGGAGAAACCGCCGUCCUGCAGUGCAUCGCUGGAGGCAGCCCUCCUCCCAGACUGAACUGGACCAAGGAUGACAGCCCCUUGGUGGUCACCGAAAGGCACUUUUUUGCAGCAGGCAAUCAGCUGCUGAUCAUCGUGGACUCUGAUGUCAGUGAUGCCGGGAAAUACACGUGUGAGAUGUCUAACACCCUCGGCACUGAGAGAGGCAAUGUGCGCCUCAGCGUGAUCCCCACUCCCACCUGUGACUCCCCUCAGAUGACCGCCUCGUCAUUAGAUGAUGAUGGAUGGGCCACCGUAGGUGUCGUGAUCAUAGCGGUGGUUUGCUGUGUGGUGGGCACGUCGCUCGUGUGGGUGGUCAUCAUAUACCACACAAGGCGGAGGAAUGAAGAUUGCAGCAUUACCAACACAGAUGAGACCAACUUGCCGGCAGAUAUCCCUAGUUACUUGUCAUCUCAGGGAACCUUAGCCGACAGACAGGAUGGGUACAUCUCCUCAGAAAGUGGAAGCCACCACCAGUUCGUCACGUCUUCAGGAGGCGGGUUUUUCUUACCACAACACGACGGCAAUGGGACGUGCCAUAUUGACAAUAGUAGUGAAGCCGACGUGGAAGUCACCGUGGAUCCAUUCCUUUGUCCCUUUCUGGGCUCCUCAGGCCCUGUGUAUUUGAAGGGGAAUGUGUACGGCUCAGAUCCAUUUGAAGCCUGUCAUACAGGUUGUGGCCCUGACCUGAGAACAGCCUUAAUAGACCACUGCGAGCCCAGUUACAUGAAGAAAAAGGAGUGCUACCCAUGUCCUUACCCUUCAGAAGAAUCCUGUGAACAGAGUGUCAGUGACAUAGGAUGGCCUUCCCAUGUGAGGAAGUUAAUCAGCUCUCCUUACUCUCAAAAUGAAGGACCUGGAAUGAAAAGUUUGUGUCUAAACAAGUCCUCUUUGGAUUUUAGUCCAAGUCCAGAGCCAGCAUCCGUUACUUCAAGUAAUUCUUUCAUGGGAACAUUUGGAAAGCCUCUGAAGAGAGCUCAUCUGGAUGCCUUUUCAAGCUUUGGACAGCCAGUGGGUUGUCAGCCAAGAGCCUUUCCCUUGAAAGCUCGUUCUUCUCCAGACUUGGACUCUGAGUCAGAGGAAUGUGGGAAAGAAAGGACAGAUUUUCAGCAAGAAAAUCACACGUGUACCUAUAAACAGACCUCAGAAAACCAUAGGACUCCACAUUUUCAGUCUUAUGACUUGGACACAUAGACUGAAUGGGAGCAAAGAAGAGCUCAAACAUACUACCUCAAGUGGACUUUUAUUUAAAAGAGAGAAUCCUAUGUUUUUUUAAUGGAGUUAUGAAUUUUAAAAGGAUAAAAUGUCUUAUUUAUACAGAUGGACCAAAAUCACAAAAUGUUAUAAAAAUUUUAUACGGAGUAACUUUCAUAUAAGAAUACCUUUUUAAACUAUUUUAACUUUGUUUUAUGCAAAAAAAAAUCAUAUGUAAAUUAAUGGUAUGAAUCCAUGACUAUUUUAUGUAUUUUUAUAAUGCCAGAUUCCUUUUUAUUGAAAACGAGUACUAAAGCAUUUUAAAUAAUACCUGUCUUGUACCCUUUUUAAAUAGAGUUCACUUAAUUUUAUUUUGCACACUGCAUUUAAUAAAAUGUGUCAUUUUGAUCCCAA